AUGCAUAUAACAUUUAAAUCUGUAUGUAUUGCCCUUGGUCUACUCGAUGAUGAUAAUGAAUGGCACGAGGCAUUGGCAGAAGCAUCAAAUUGGGCAUCAGCAACAAAACUUCGACAUAUGUAUUGCACAAUGCUCAUGUUUUCUGAUAUAACCAAUCCAGUCGAAUUAUGGGAACAUCAUUGGAAAAGUUUCACAGAUGAUAUACAAUAUAGAAUCAAAAGAGAUAUGAGAGAUAGUGAUCUACAUCUUGACGAUGAAGACUUAAAAAAUUUAGGACUUCUCGAAAUUGAGCAUAUAUUAAAUAGAAAUGGAAGAUCUCUCAAAGAUUUCCCUCCCAUGCCAUUGCCAUCUUCACAAGGUGCUCAAUUUCUGACAAAUAGGCUCAUCAGAGAAGAGAUGGAGUACGAUAGUGUUUCAGAAAAACAAUUGUUCAAUGAAUUACAUUCUGGUUUAAAUAGUGAGCAAUUGGAAGUUUAUGACACCUUACAUCAUCUGCAAAUUGCGGCUUUACUGUUACCAGGAGGUAGAACUGCGCAUUCACGCUUUAAAAUUCCAAUUAAUUUGGAUGAAUUCUCAAGUUGUAGUAUUAAUCAACAGACUGAACUGGCAAAAUUAAUUCAGGAGGCAUCAUUGAUCAUAUGGGAUGAAGCUCCAAUGUACCAUCGUUAUGGAUUUGAGGCAGUUGAUCGUACUUUCAAAGAUAUAUUAAAGGGUAUAGAAUUUUGUUCAACUGAUUGUGUAUUUGGUGGAAAACUAUUCAUACUUGGUGGUGACUUCAGACAAAUUUUACCUGUAGUACCAAAAGGUAGGCGGGAAGCCACAAUUGCAGCAUCGUUGAAGGAAUUGACUAUUUGGAAUCAUUGUCGUGUGUUGCAUUUGAGGACCAAUAUGCGUAUUAUGGCCCAUGAUACUUCUAUUCAAAUGCGUCAACAACUAAGGGAUUUUGCUAACUGGAUAUUGAUGAUUGGUGAUGGAAAAAUACCUGGAAUUUCUUUCAUUGAAGGCGGGGGGAGACUAAUUGGAUUGAAAUUCCAGAACAGUUCUUGA